UGCAGCACACGUCAUGUGGUGAAACAGGCAGAAAGGAGCGUUGACUUUUCUCCCCACAACUCAGGAGAGAUCUCCCUUAACCAGUUGGCAGUUGUUUUUUUCAUUAAUUGUACAAAGGUAGCCUACAAAAUAAUAAAGUAAACUUUGAGAAUACUAUCAGUAAGUAACCUGACUGCGACCGAACAGCUGUGAUCCAGGAUCGCGGAUACUGAAGCUGCUCCGUUACAAGUAAUCAUAGACAUUUAAUAAGCGAUAUUUAUGGAGGCUUUUUUGAACUGCAAACCAGAGGACUUGGAGGAUUACUACGGGUUAUUAGGAUGUGAUGAAUUGUCGUCGACUGAACAGAUUCUCAACGAAUACAAGAUCCGAGCCUUGGCAUGUCACCCAGACAAACACCUAGACAACCCAAGAGCAGUGGAAGAUUUCCAAAAACUGCAGGAAGCCAAAGAAGUUUUGUGCAAUGAAACCAAAAGAAAAUAUUAUGACCUUUGGAAAAGAAGUGGAGUUACUAUUUCAUUUCAUGACUGGCAAGGCUUGAACGACUCGGUAAAAACUUCAAUGCACUGGGCUGUGAGAAAUAAGAAGGAACCAAUGCUGGAGGCAUCAAAAGCAGAAAUCCCUGUCACCUCCCAAGGAGAGGACCUUCAUGCUGAGCAAGGAACACCACGGAUCGAAUCACAUGAUGCCAUGCCAUCCUCAAGUGAUUACUGCCACCGACGUUUCCGUUGGGCUGCUGACUCACCAUCUACAUUGCUGCAGAGGUUUAGAAAUUAUGAAAUAUAAAUAUAUCAACAGUUUUAUUUUCUUUAAAUCAUACUGUUCAGUGUCUUCUUGUUGUCCUUGUCAACUGUGGAGUCAGUUCUUAUGAAUAUGUCUUACCUAUACCUCCUCUAAACUUGUUCUAUAAACUGGAUAUUGUUAAAUGUAUCUGCUGCUAGUGUGAAACACAGUUGCAUAUUAGAUUAUGUGUAUAAUUAAUUUUGUUAUAGGUCCUGCUCAUUUGUUAAUUCUGUUCAUGACCACACAGCGGUGAUAUAAGCAUACUUGAUGCUGGAGUACCUUUAAUGUUGUAAUGUGUCUUUUUGUGUUGCCAAGUUUAUAAUGUUGGAAAA